AUGGAGACCAUUCAAUCUCAUGUACCGUCGGUAGCGUUGUUUGUCACUCGCUCGGAAAUCGACUUUUCUCAUCGAUCACCAAGUCCAAUAUGUCAACGAUGGUUUAUGGUUUUAUAUUUGAAAUCGGAAGCGAAAGAGCUCGCAUUAACUGUUUAUCCAGUCAACAUGAAAAAUCCUGAACAAGAAUUCAAAAAAGCCUACAAUUCCAAUCCACCUGUCGUCGUCUUUGAUGAAACAAAUGAUAAAACAACUCAAGUUGUCUUAACCGAUAAUCGUGAUAUCGAUGCUGAAAUAAGUAAACGUUUUCCUGUAACAAAUAUGAGUUCGUUAAAAGAAGCGGAAGAUGUUUGUUCGAAUGUUUAUAUUAAAUUUCAUCCUUACUUAAAAUCACCAGCUGGUGAUCCUCAAGAACAAAUCAAAUUGCGUUCACUAUUGAGCGAAUUAAAACGUAUCAAUGAUUAUCUCGAAGAGACAGGUACAGCAUUCCUUUCCGGCAACGAAAUGACGUUCGUCGAUUGUGACAUCAUGCCUAAAUUACAACAUAUUCGUGUUGCCGGCAAAUAUUACAAGAAUUUAGAUAUUCCAAAUGAAUUAACAGCAUUAUGGGCAUACAUGGAACGUUGCUAUCAAACGAAAGCUUUCCAAGAAUCAUGCCCGUUCGAUCAGGAUAUUUUGAUGCAUAACGAAGGUAAAGUUGGCGCGAAUAAUAAGCCAUUUGGCAAAACACCAACUUUACAACAACCAACAAUGACAUUAACAAUUCCAGGACGUGAAUGA